UGUGGUGUCUGCUCCACCCGCCGCCCCCUAGCCUCUGUCCAUUCUUGUGUUUGACUCUAAUGUCCCCAGCAUUGUUAUUUCCCGGUCUCGGCUUCGGUGCUGCCGGUGUGUGGGGAAAUGCCCUCUCGUCGUCGUCCUCUGUCCCCCACGCCCAGUCCUCGGGGAGGCCCGGAAUUUCAGCCCCCCAUCUCGGUGGGGCAUGUUCUUGGGAGUCAGAUCUUCCUCAGCAGAACCUGGGAGAUUCUGUCCGUCCGCUUGGGCCCCUUGGUCCCCUCCUUCCCGACGGGGUUUCGUUGGAAGGAAUUAUGCAAAUCCUGCUUUCUGGUGUCCAUUCAGCGGCAAUUUCAUGCGGAUUUGAAAGUAUUCUUGAAGGGCUGUUUGGACCUGCGUUAUUAAAAGAUCUCAGUUUAUUUAAAGAGUGUGAAGCUGAAAGCAUUUCUGAUUGGGCUUUUGAUGAAAAUUGUCUGUUCUGUUGCUUGAGAAGAGAUAAAGUAAAGGGACACUUAGUCGGUCUGGAUGAGCCAGCUUCCGGAGCUGGGCAAGAAGCUUUGCUUAAACAAGAGCACGCAAAAGUCACUCGACUCCAGAGACAAGCAGAAGAGUUCCUCAAUGCAGUCUUUUAUAGAAAAGACAGUCCCUGGGUCUCCGGCCCCAAUAUUCCCCUAGUGGCCCGUGAGAUCAUGCAGCGAAUGAUCCAACAAUUUGCUGCUGAAUAUACCUCAAAAAAUAGCUCUACUCAGGACCCCAGCCAGCCCAAUAGCACAAAGAACCAAAGCCUGCCGAAAGCAUCUCCAGUCACCACCUCUCCCACGGCUGCAACUACUCAGAACCCCGUGCUCAGCAAACUUCUCAUGGCUGACCAAGACUCACCUCUGGACCUUACUGUCAGAAAGUCUCAGUCAGAACCUAGUGAACAAGACGGUGUACUUGAUUUAUCUACUAAGAAAAGUCCAUGUGCUAGCAGCACUUCCCUGAGCCAUUCUUCAGGCUGCUCCAGUACUCAAGGGAACGGUAAGAAUUCAACAGAGGCAUCAGCAGUUGAUUCUAACCAUCCAUCGAAGCCCCCACUGGAGAAGUUUAUGGUCAAACUGUGCACGCAUCAUCAGAAGCAAUUCAUUCGUGUCCUGAGUGACCUAUACACCGAAUCUCAGCCAGGUACUGAGGACCUGCAGCCUUUAGAUUCCACAGUGAUGGAUGUCUCCACUUGCAGUGCAGAUUGUGCCCAGCUGAGCUGCAGACAAGAUGAAACGGAUGAUGUGUGUCUCGAUGGGAAGUCUCCUGCUUCUGUAAAUUUGUUCUUAGACUCCUCGGGUUCUCCUAGCUCUCUGAGUGUGACUGAACAAACCAUGAAGGAACCACCUCCUGAGACAGACUCUGUAGAUGGAAGAGAGAAUGCCUUGACCAUUGUCCAGAAAGAUUCCUCUGAACUUCCAGACAUUCAACCUAACUCCAGAAAAUCAGCAGACAGUCCCACUGUGGAAUGCCUCACUACAUUGGAUUCUUCCUCUUUUAACUCCCUCCACAGUUCCAAAAGCUUAGAGGGGCAAACCACUGGACAGGAACAAGACAUCAGCAUGAAACCCUGUGAGGAUGGUGAAGACCAUGCCCCAGCCUCAGUCGAAAGUCUGACUGCAGUGGACGUGGCAGCUGAGAAUACUGAAGAAGGUGGUAGCUGUAUUGUUUCUCAAAGAAACUCAUUCAAAGCUUUAUCAGAAGAGAAAUGGGACUCAGGGUUUAUGGGAAACUCAUCUAGUACUGCAGACAAAGAGAAUACUUUACAGUGUGGCUCAAAAACAUCCUUACACCAGGAUUUAGAGGCAGAUGAACAAGAUGCGAGGCCAAAGCAAGAGAACCAUCUUCAUUCACUAGGUAGAAACAAGGUGGGUUACCAGACAUACCCCAGCGACCAGGGCCAUUUUGAUCAUUCCAAAGGUGAUUGGUUAGCUCCCAGCCCCACACCAGCUGUACACAGAGCACCCAAUGGUCACUCUCGAACCAAGAUGAUAACAGCCUCCAUCAAGACUGCUCGGAAGAGUAAGAGGGCAUCAGGCUUGAGGAUAAAUGAUUAUGACAACCAGUGUGAUGUUGUUUAUAUCAGUCAACCAAUAACAGAAUGCCACUUUGAAAAUCAAAGAUCCAUAUUGUCUUCUCGGAAAACAGCCCGAAAGAGUACCCGGGGAUACUUUUUUAAUGGUGAUUGUUGUGAAUUGCCAACUGUUCGCACACUGGCCAGAAAUUUACGCUCCCAAGAAAAGGGAAGCUGCUCACCGAUAGCACCAGAGGUAGUGGUGACUCCCAAGCAGACUCUUACACUUCCCACCUCAAAGCACAUAGUAGGUGUGCAGCAUCCAACAGUAGAUCUGCAGCUUCCCACAGUAGGUGUGCAGCAUCCAACUGCAGAUAUACAGCUUCCCACAGUAGGUGUGCAGCAUCCAACAGUAGGUGUACAGCAUCCAACUGCAGAUGUACAGCUUCCAACUGCAGAUGUACAGCUUCCCACAGUAGGAAUGAAACUUCUGCAAGAAGAUACCACUGACGAUCCUGGGAAGGAAAGAAACUCCCUUGAGGAAGGAGGCAAAGACAUGUCAUCAGCAAAAGAGUAUCAGGAGCCAGAGGUUUGCCUUACUGUGAAUGAACAGGAUCCUAGCAGCUCCCCUACUCCAGGAGAGACCACAGCCUGUAGUCCGGCAUGUCUUCUGCCUGCACCCCUCCCUGAUGAGGGUAUGCCUAAUGUUCCAGAAGGCAACAUUGCAGUCUCACCUCCAACAGCAAGUGCACUAUCUUUCCUUGAGCAAGACCAGCCACCAGCUUCUCCUCUGGAGUCAGAGGAAAUGCAUACACUCCAGGAGUGUCACCUGACUCCCACAACCGGAAGCACCCCCUUCAUCUCUGGGGAAGAUGGUGAAGACCAGCUGUGUAGACCUCAGUCUUCUCCUGAAACAGUCGUCAGAGAAGAGCAUUCUCUGUGCUCAGAAAAUGAAAGUCCUGCUGUGGGUUUCGAUCCUCCCCUGAGUCUAGAACUGUCUGAGCAUGACCAAAGCAUCAGUACUGAGGCUGAGACUGGAGCUAUCCCUGGGGAGACGCUGUUGCUAGAAGCCGCCCUGCCCCUCCUGGAAAGCAGCAUUGUCAGUGAUGAGAACCCGGGUGAGACCGAGGGAGGUGAGGCAGCCAGUGGAACUGGACAGCUGGAGAUACAUGACUGUGAUAGAAAACACUUAUCAGAACAGGAUCUGAGUGAAAACUUGGACUCGCCCGAAGAGAAUGUGGACAAGAAGAAAAAGUGUAAAAAGCUCCCUGAGGCCUCUGAUAGAUGCCUAAGAAGUCAACUUGUAGAUUCAUCCUCUGCUGACAGGUGCCCAGGAAGCCAAGGUUUAGAUUCAUCCACUGCUUGUUCUGAAAUGAAGGUUUCUAAAAAUCCUGCCGUAAAGCAUUCUAAAAGAGAAGGGCGCUCUGGUAGGGCAACCCCCGAGGGCUCAGUGAUUGACAGCAUCCAUACAGAUGAUCUGGAGGACACUGAAAACCCCAGUGUCGGUGAACGUUCCUCUGAUGAAGAUACCACGCAGGAGGGUGAAGGAGUUGGAGUCAUCACAAGGCAGACUUUAAAAAGCAUGAUGGCAAAGGAAGUUAAAAGAGAAGAAGGGGAGACUUCCCCAAGCAGUGACCCCACCACAGUUGGCCAGCCACUGCCUGGGAAGAACCUGGAAAUUAAUGUCUGGUCCAAAAUAGAUGAGAGAGAUGCACAUGUGCCCUCGGAAAGCAUUCCUUGUAAGAAGGACCUGGAGCAGGUAAAAGAGAAGCUGGGACACAUUGCCACACAGGAUGUGGAAGCCUCUGUGAGUGAGGUAGACGUUGAGGAUACCCACUCUAAAGAUGAUGCUGGCCUUCCUUCAUCUAGCUUAGCUGGGAUAUCAGCCAGUCAGAGUGGUGAUCCUGCUGGGCCAUCAAAAUUGGUACCAAGACCUAAGAGAUUGCCUUCUUCAACUUACAACCUGAGACACGCUCAUUGUGUGGAUGCCUUGGACACUACAAAAGUGACUUCUGAAAAGCAAGUCACACCAGUCAGCCCAGCACCAAAGGAAAGUGAAGCUUCUGAGAGUGUGGAGCCCUUGGAUGAGGACGAUGCAGACACGGUGGUGGAAGAGCAGCCCAAGUUUGUGGGAUGGUGUGCAGAGGAGGAGAACCAGGAGCUGAUCGCCAACUUCAACGCCCAGUACCUGAAAGUUCAGAAGGGCUGGAUCCAGUUGGAGAAAGAAGCACAGCCAACAGCAAGAGCAAAGAGCAAGUCCGACAAGCUGAAGGAGAUUUGGAAGAGCAAGAAGAGGUCACGGAAGUGCAGGGGUUCAUUGGAGGUGCAAAAGUUUUCUCCUGUUCAGAUGCUGUUUAUGACAAACUUUAAACUGUCUAACAUCUGUAAGUGGUUCUUAGAGACAACAGAAACUCGGUCUCUGGUCAUUGUGAAGAAACUAAAUACUCGUCUUCCAGGAGACAUCCCCCUUGUUAAACACCCUCUUCAGAAGUACCCUCCUGCCACCCUAUACCCCAGUUCACUACAGGCAGAACGCUUGAAAAAACACUUAAAGAAAUUUCCUGGAGCCAUUCCUGCUAGGAACAAUUGGAAAACACAGAAGCUGUGGGCUAACCUGCGAGAGAAUCCUGGCCAGGUGGAGCCAGAGGCUGCCAGUGACAGCAGCCUCGGCCCUGACGGUGAAGACACUGUAGAGGAAGCCAGGGAAGGUAGAAAUAGCCAUCCUCCCGCCAACCUGCCUACUCCAGCCAGCACCCGGAUCCUUAGAAAGUAUUCCAAUAUUCGAGGGAAGCUCAGAGCCCAGCGCCUGGACAGCUCACUGGGCGGACCUUCCGAAGUGAAGCAGGGCCAGAAGAGCGUGUGCAUCAACCCGCUGAUGUCCCCCAAGCUGGCCCUCCGGGUGGGUGCAGAUGGCUUUCCUGUCACCCCCAAGAGGGCUGAAGGACGCAAGAGGAAAAGAGGGAAGCAGAUGCCUGAAACCUUGCUUAAAGUAGAAGGUCAGAACAAGCGCAAAAGAGCAGAAGGCUGCGGAACUCAGGAUGAUAGGGACAAGGGGCCAGCAACAAAAGCCAGCAGAGGCCUUUCUGCCAAGAAGCUAGCUGCAAAGGACAGAGGCAGCCAACUAUCCAAGAAGAUGACCUUGAAAGAGAAUAAAGUGAGAAUCUGUAAAAAGGCUCCCGGGAAGAGCUGCCCACCAUCCAGGAAAGAAAAAGAGAAUGCGGACAAAAGGCCUAGCCAUCCUGCUGCAGCCUCUGAAGCGCUGACAAAGCCUGCCAAGCAAAAGGGGGCAGGAGAUGCCUCUACAAAGCCCCCCAAAGCCAGAGGGAGAAGCAGGAAGCUGAGCAGUGGUAGGGGCCGAGCCAGACCCUUGACAAAAAGCCCAGAGAGCCAGGCUGCCCAGAGAAAGAGAAAGCUCAAGGCCAAACUGGACUCUUCACAGAGCAAACGUCGACGCUUAGAUUCCAAGUGAGAGCUGGUUGGCCCCGAGAGAGGCUGGCCUCUACAAAAAACCUUUAUCUCGCAUUAACAAAAUCUGCUUUUUAUAAGCUUGUUAAGCCUUUCACGUUGCAGUUACAGAGAACACCAGUUUGAGAUGUCAGAAAAUGCGUCUCAGCUAGAGACGGGAACUUGAAGAGAGUCCUUCUCCAUGGCUAAGGGAAGUUGUACAUUAUAUUCUGGUUGUUCCUUGGGUUUUAAACUUGGAAACAAGCAGUUUUUGUUUUAAGAAGUACAGUGCCUUAUUUAUCAUUUUUGUUUAAAAUUUGACAAAAGCUGAGAAGCUGAUGUAUGUGACUAAAGGCUUGUAUUUUAUACUUGACGCACAAGCACUUGCUCUGUCACUGAGGAGGCCACCGCUGCGCAUGCGUGAGCGAGUGAGGAGCCGGCAGCAGCUGCCUGUGCGCCCCUGGACAGGUGCACCUUGCAGACCGCAGCACAACUCCCCUUUCUGUCUUGUCUGGUUUUUAUUUGAGUGAUAUUUGAAAGCUGAACCAAAUCAUUUCUAUGGUAUGUGGAGAAUGCGGGGAUUUAUAAUUAUUAUAAAAGAUUAAUGUUUCUGUUUCCUUCUAAAACUCAUAUUGUUUAUCACCCCUUCAUCUCUUUUUAAAAUCAUUUCAGAUCAUGUUCUCUAAUUUGUGUGCCCAUGGGACAAAAGAUGUGCUAGAAACACCCCCCCACACCCCCAAACUAUGUUACUACUAACACUUGUCAUCCUCCAGUUUGGGACCUUGCGAGCUUGGUAUUACUACUCUGUGAGGUGUGUGUUCUAUUCUGUUGCAGCUUUUUGUGUAUGUUUUCAUCUUGUAGCUAUCAUUUGACCAUUAGGAUGAGUGAUUCUUUGUUUCCAUUCUUAUGCAGAGUACUUCCCUAUGCAGUGAAAGUCCACAUGUCUUUCCGGCAGUAGGAAAGCUUAGCCUUGUGCAUAUGCAUCUAGGUGUAUCUGCAUUUAGUUAGUGUCUCCUGGUACUAGUUUCACAGGGAAAUUCUUUCUUCCCCAUGCAGUGUAUCUGUAAGCUGAGAAAUUAGCAAUGGCCAGAUUGUUUGCAAGUAAUCCAGUGUCUCCAUGCACAUCCCUAAUACCACUUUCACAUCAGACUUGGAGAGCAGUGGCCUUGAAAGACUAGGACACCCAGGCAGCUACAAGAAGCUGCCCAGAAUCUCAGUGGAGCCACACCCCCAUCCCCAGCUGAGUGAAGCUCAGCUGAGACUCUGAUGUGACUGUUCGUGCCUGGAGUAGGCGUCUGUCUGGAGUAGGCGUCUGUCUGGAGUAGGUGUCUAUACCCAUUGAUAGUUCCAGCCUCGUGGCUAAAUGCUUGCAGUAUUGCCCCUCCCACACUGCUUCACUGUCCCGUGGCUCCGAAAUGAGAACUACAAUAAUUGAAAGUGGUGAUGCUUGCCUUUCCUGGGUGGAGCCUAACACAGCCCCAUUGGCUUCACUCAAUUCCUGGGACAUUGCUCCAUUGUACUGUGUGUACUUGACAUUUCCAUUGGGCCAGUCAGCAAACCACUUGGUUGCUAAAGCCUCCGUCAGCUUUGACGUGUCCUGUCACCAAAAUAGGCUUGCGUGGACAGCUGCUGCCCUGUGCUUAUUAAAAGAUUCUACUUAGGUUGUUUCAGAUCUUUUUAGAUCAACCCAGAUGGACUUCUUUUAUAUGCAAAUCAUGAUAAAACAGGCCUUCUACCUAUUUUGCUAUUGUUAAAGGUUUGCUGCAGAUAAUGGAAACUUGUGAUAAUUGGGUAGGACUGGAGCAUUUGAUUCAUGAGAAAUUGAGAAUUGUGUUGAAUUUCACGGAUAAUGAAAGUUGUCGUUUCCUUGUUUUUAAAUGUCCCCUCUGUCCCGUGAGCAUUCAUGGGCUUUCCCCUUCACUGCCUCCUCCCCCACCCCUAACUUUCCCCACUCCCCAUUAUUCUUUUUAUUAUCUUUGACCUUGACCAUUCACAAGCUACCUAUCGUAAUGAGACUGCUGAGUGUGUGCUCGAAACUCUUUCUCAGCAUUAAGUUGCACAGAAGCAUUAAUAUGUUUUAAGUAGGUUCAUUUUAAUAUUUAAAAAAUGGUUUUAAGGCUUAAAAGAGCUUUUCCUAUAGUUCUCACUGGAUAUUGUUGUUGUAGUGACUUAAACAGCCAAUGUGAGGUGUGUCAAUGCCUGUACAUAGGAGGCGCCCUUGGCUGCCUGGUGACUCCCUUGUGAGGUGCUUGGGUUAGGUUAGAGGGAGGAGGGAGUGGUAGGUUGGUGGGAUGCUUCCUGUUCCAGGUUCAUACUUCAUUCCAUUACUUUUCUGAUUGUGUUUUCAAUUUUAAAAGCGUCUUCAAGAUAGUAGCCUGCAGUUGAGGGAGCUGUGUGGGAGUGUUUGUUACAUACCCAACACAACAGUGCAGUAGACAUCCUUAACAGCUUGCACUUGAUAGUAGUGACAUUUAUGUAAAUGAACAUUCUACAAAAUUUGGACACUUAAGUUUUUUUAAUUUUUUCACAUUUAUUGAACUCACUUUUGAUGAUCUAGUUAAUUUUGUUAAUAGAAGAAGGGAAAAGAAUCAAAAUUUGACAGUAGUUCUAGACUUUUCUGCACCCAUAGCAGAUGCUGGGAAAUCAUCCCUUCAGCAUCUCCAUCCUGGCUUGGCCUUGACUCCAUUCCCUUUGUUUCCCUUCCUUCUGUAGCCAUUUUCAAAUACAACUUGCCAGCAUAUACACUGCACUCUGCCCCGCACUUUGAUCCCGAGUCUGAAAGGCAUCCUGCUCCUGGCCCUGUGCUCGGUGAGGUGGCUGUCCUAAGGCUGGAGCUGAAGUCGAUGCCGCAGGACCGUGUUCCCUCUGCUCAGGAUCUAGAAGAUGCCCCAGGAGCUAUCCGAGAAGCUCUGUGUAGCUUGCCUAGAGCGCAGACUCCCUGGUAUGGGCCUGCUGUCUUGCUGGGGUUCAGAGUCUCGCUCACCCAGGCACUUUCUCUGUUCUGGGAGCUUCCAGCAUAGGAAUGUUACCUGAGUCUAUUGAUCCAUAGUUGCUAGUUCCUGGGAGUCACUGGGUUUUGCUGUUUUUAUUUUUGUUGUUGUUUGGUAGUGGUGGGUUUCUUUAUUGAAAAUUUUACACUGUCUUAUUUAAACCACAGUCAAGCUAUGGGGUGUGUGCCUCAUCAUUCUGUAAUGGUUUAGAGAGAAGAGUCAUCUGCUUCCCCCACGACCCUCUGAGCAUCACUCAGCCACAGGUGAAUUUCUCACUGUGCACAUAAGUCAUCAGCAAGCAUCACUUUAAGACAGAUGCUGUAUAUCAGGAUUUGGCCUGUUUCCAGCCUUGUAGUGGCUUCUGUAGUGAGGGCACAGCUGUCACUCGUUUAUGGACAACAUUUCUAUUGAUUAGCAGGCCUGAGAGUCCCAUAGGAAAUGACACCAUGCAAACUGGAGAUUUUGUGGUGUUGCCAUCCGAAGUCUGUGCUUGUCAGAAUACCAGAAACGAACUGAAUAACCCAAGAAGCUGUCCGUAGCUGGAGAGCCACCUCCAUCCCUCCAGUUUCACCAGUGCAGACCUCCUCUUACUCACCUGUGAGCUGUUCCAGACAUGCAAAAUGUGGGCCGGCUGCUCAUGUGUAUAAAUAAAGUUUUAUUGUCAUAUAACUAUGCCCAUUUGCUUAUUGAUUGUCCAUGGAACAGUGGCCAUGAAGUCCACAAAGCCUAAAACAGUUAAUAUUUAUAUCUUUGAAGAAGCCUGCUGACCUCUGCUUUAGAAAAUAAUCUCUUUUGGGAAUAAAUAUUCCCCAUUUCUCUUCUUCUGCCUCACACCCUCUGUCUCCCACGCUGCCCCCCAUCUCAGCUCCAUCUUUUAAGCGCAUUUCUGUGUUCUCUUGCAGUAAGAGAGGCAUGUCAUUGAGACAGUUUCAAAGUAACUCAACUCUAAAUAAGCAGUGUUUUAAGUCCCUCCCCCGCCCCUCAGUGAAGCCACCACAGCCUGUAGACCAGAAUACCUGAACAAGCUGCCUUUGGAGUUCGGAAGUCAUGUGGACUGUCCCAUGGUUCGCUCCCAUAGUUUCUAAUCAUAGAACUGCCCGUAGCUUCACUUGUUUACUAAAAUAAGCCAAGACUGACUGUGAUGGGAUUAACUGUGCUUCUCUUGGACUUAAGAGUUCUCAGCGCCACAUGUAGUUGUGGGAAAGACAACCAAAGCACUCUUUAUAAUGGAUUACCAUUGAUCUGUUUUCAGUCACACACUUUCAAAAUAAAUUUACUAAAGACAAGCUAACAAUAGAAUGGUGGUUUUUGAACUGCUAUAGAAAAGAAGGACAAAAAAAAAAAAAUUAGAGAACGUUUAACCUGAGUAUGACUAAGGAGUUACUGAUUGUAUCUUUAUAUCAAAUCCAGUCAGCUUCCAGAGUGUUAGUCCUGCCCUCCCCUCCCCUCCCCCAAAACUCAAAUAAAAGUUUCUAUUCUGCAUUCCAGAAUUAAGUUAAAUAUCACGCCAAAUUUAAAAGAUGGGACCUUGUCUCCUAAUUAGUGGACAGCACUGAAAUUUGGACUCCGGGCCUGAUGUAAGCUAGGCAGACAUUCUACCACUGAGCUCUAUGCCUUGCCCAAUUAUUUUGAAUUUUUUUAUAUUUUCUUAUGACUUAUUAGCCACUGAAAUGCUAGAAUGCUUGAGAUAUAAAGUCACAUCUGUAUAUGUAAAUCAGUCCUGAUAUCCACGCAGCAGGUACUUUUCCCUGUGCUUGCUCCCAAAUCCUUUGCAAUGAAAAGAUACUUUUAGAAACUUAAAAACCAGCAGAACUUGGAAACUUGCCUUUUGAGACAGCUUUCAGAAUAAUUCAACUCUUGAAAAUUCUGAAGAGUCCUAUCACCUAUAAGGGAUGGAUGGUAAGGCCAGCCAUUUUGCAGUACCCCAUUAUUCUACACACAAGUAUGAGCAGUGUGCAGAAGCUGCCCUUAUUCAUGCUUUUGUUUUUGGGUUUGAGCCAUUGCCUCCUCAUGGGAUUGUCCUUUCUCAGGCUCUAGGAUGGUGUCUUUCAGUGCUCUGGACCCAGCCCUUCCUCUGGCAGACAGGCAGCUGCCCAGGCAUGUGUGCCAAGGAAGGAGACACAAGCUUUCACACCCUGUGGGCCCAUCCUGUCUGACGGGUGCAGUUUGUAAACCACUUGAAAGUCUAGACUGCCUGCCUGAAGAGCAUCUGGGUGCCCAUGGUAUUAGAAUACACCAGAGGUUGGAUGAAUGGAUUUACACUUUUUGAAUUGGACAAGCAGAAAUAAUAAAACAAUUAGCAAACUAUAUGUGGUCCAUACUACCUAAAAUGCUUACUGCCUGACCUUUUAGGUAGGUCAGUGUUCUGAUCUUUGCAAAAGUCACUAUCAAAUUGUGUGAGCAGUUAGGCACAUGGUUUCUUUGUGCAUAUAGGCCAGCACUGCAACAGUCCUUUUGGGUUUGGGGUAUCUUGCUUGUCUGUCUCAGCACACAGUUGUCUUUGUGCAACAUUCUUGAUAGUGCUUCUAAGGAAGAAAGAGAUUGUCUUUGCUCAUUGGAUACUUGCUGAUGAAUUGCGGAUAUAGCAUAUCUACUAGGGUCUAGUUUAAAGUACAGUCUUGAAAAAUGCAAUCAUGAUUGUUAUGCAUCACAGUGAACUUGACUGAUAGAGACAUUCCACCAGCAGUGACGCAUGCUGAUUUCCUGUGAACAUAGAGUCUGAAGUAGUGCCUCUCUGAAAGCAUAGGAACUGGUAGUUUCGUACCCAUAGCCCUCCAUUUCUCUUCUGUACCUAGGAUAUGUGCAGAUUUACAAUUCUCAAGUUUGGUCAAUAUCUGUGAAUAUAAGUGGCUGAUCUUUGUGUGUUUGAAAACUGAGUCCAGGCCAUGCAUUUUUGUUGGCAUGGCCAGUGUGCCAAAGGCACCUUAUCUGUGCACCAGCAGCUUUAGGCAGAACAAGUCCAGGGCCCUCUUGGUCAGGCCUGAAGCAGCUCCUCCUUUGGGGAGUCAUUCUUGGUACCUUGCCUUUUCUCUCCCCUUCUGCCUAUGCCACUGGCCCCCUUCUGGGUGGCAUCUUCUCUGGGACACUCCCUCCCCUAAAGUGCUUCUCUGAAUGCAUACAUGUCACAUGAGAAAAAUUUCUCUUCGUUGCUAGAUUCUCACAGUGUUUAGUGGACUGGGUCUAAAUGCCAUUCAGUGAUCACCUUUCCCCCACUCCAGUUGGUACCAUGGUGUACAUCUCGUGUUGUGUUGUAGUUAGAGCUGUAUGUAGUGUUCGGAAGCAUUUGUGAUAAAGACACUAUACGAAUAAGAUUUGCAUAAUUUUGUAUAUUUAUACCCCAGGUAGGGAUUAUUGCUAGAGCCGCUGUGUCGUAGGGUAAUUAAUUUCACUAGUGGCUUCUGCGUUCUUAGUAGGUUCUAGGAGGCUGUGUCAGUGACUGGUUUCAAAUACAUAGAGUGCAUAUUUAUACACACCACUGUGGAGUUUAUUUUACUGUGUAAAUAGUGAUAUUUUCCUGUUCAAAUGCUUCUAUACAAAGUAUUUAUUUUAACAAAAUUAGUUAACUGUCAAAAGGGCUCUCCAAAAACUUCUUGCCAUCUGUUCUCCCAGCUCCCAUGCUCAGCUCUCAACCCCUAAACAUUACAGUAAAGGCAGGAGGCUGUAACCGGGAAGCCCUUACUGUAUUUGGGUAAACACAGCAUAGAUCGGGAACCUUAAUGCUGCUCCCUCUGAUGCUCCAUCCCAGACCAAAGUGGGGCUUGAAGGGGUAUAACUUCGCUCAGCCCAGCAUCAGGGCUUCCCAUAGCAGCUCAACUCACACAUGCACCAUUGGUACAUACGUUCAGCUGUUCACUUCCAUGGCCUGUGCAGGAAUUGACCUUGGUUGUAGUCCCAGGACAAGCAGACUCAUGCCUAUGCAAUGAGGAGAAACCACUGUGGUUGCCAAUGUGAGCUUCUAAUCUGGCUUUCAGAAUUCAUGAGAGUCAUCCUUUCACACAUCGAUAGGAGACACACGUCACCUUCUGCACAUUGAAAAAACUUGGGAACACCUUGGCUUUCCUCCUCAUCCUUUCCCAUCAAGCAUCUGUGCAGAUGUGGUCCCAUCCCACCCAUCUAUAACCCAUGGUUCUAAAAUGUAUUCAACUUUACUUCUCAGGAGUCCUGGUCUGCAAUUCAGAGUACCCUAGAUGUCAUGAAACCAAUGCUUCAUGGUUAUGCAUGGCCCUUUUCCCUGUACCUCAUCCAUGGGCACCCCAUCUGUCACCAUGCUACUCUGCCAGGAUGGCUGGGUUGACCUGCAGCUCCAGGACUCUAGGGUGCUUGGAGACCAGGUAUGAAGGGAUUACUGUCAGCCAUUUGAACUGUAGUUUGCAUAUUUCCUAUGGCCUCCCUUUGUCUUUUCUAAACAAGGAAGGCACUUGAACAGCAAUGCUGGAGAAUGUUUUUCUAAGAUGCUGUUUGUAAGCAAAUCUGAUUUUGAGAUGAAAUGUGAAUGGAUAACUAGGUGCCAGGGAAUUUAGCACUGAACUAGACAGUCAAAACUUUUUUUAUCCUUUGCAGAAAGUAGAUUCUGUUGUCAUCUAAAUAUUCACAAGAUGUAAUGCUGUAAAUAGUUUUCUAAAAAUAUUUAUUACAUGUGCUGUAUGCAGACUCAUGUUCUGAGUGAUGUUGGUUUGCAUUGUAUUGUAGAAGAAUAUAUUUUGAGUGGUGGACUUCUUUCAUACUACAGUUCACUCAUGGAGAAAGAAACAAAACCAGCAGGUUGAGAGCUGUUUGGGGCAUUUGAUCUGUAAUGGACCAUCCAAUCCAAGCUUUAACCGCCCCCUCUUCUCAUCUGGUUGUGUUAUAUAUAUAUAUAUAUUAUAUAUAUACAGGUGUACAGUAAAUUGGUCAGUGCCCGGGUCUGCAGAGCAGACUUCCAGGUGUUCUUUCUGAUGUGUUUCCAUAGCAAUACGACCCCAGGUGCUGACCAGUCCUGUUGUCUCAGAGGAUCGGGUUGGGGAACAGCUCUUGCGAAGCCUCUUGCCUUUCCUAAGAGGCUGCUUUACUUGAAUUGUUUCUUCUAUUUCUUCUGCACGCUCCCAUGUCUCAGAACUGCAGCAGUGUGUGGGAACUCGCCUAGCACCAGACACAUCAAAAGUGGACACGCCCAUUGAAAGAAAGGUUAGCGAUUUCCCAGGAACUUGUAGUUUCCAGAACAGAUGAGACAAAGCUCAUUUGGCCAUAGAAUAAAUGUAAGGAAUUUUUACCUGAGAAACAUAUGUGGCCUAUUAUAUUUCCCCCUGCUCUGUCUGACUCACCUUUAGAAGCCAGCCUAUGUCCUGCCUUCUGCCUCUAUGCCUCAGCUCAAGAUGUCCAUGGUCCCGAGAGUCUGCUUAGGCUCUUAGUGUGUCCAACUCUGUUGAGCAGCCUUUUCUUGUGACCGUCCUAAACUUAAUGAAAAGGAAUACCCACACCCAGAUAACCAUUGUUAGAAGUGACGUAGUUUUUUAGGCUUUUGGAAUAUGUCUCUCUUUUUUUAAUAUAUAUAUAUAUAUAUUUCUGACGGUGUUUGGGAUUUUUCACUAGUGUUUUUUAGAUUGAAGUGGGUGCAUUAAGGUAAACUUUCCACUGCUGAGCCCAAAAGCGUGCAGAGGAAAGAACUUGCCCUGCAUUGUGUUGUUGGGGAGGUGACUACUUUGGUGAGGGGUGGGGGGAGGGUCCUGUAGAUGAUAUGGAGGUGAAAUAGAAAUUCUGACCAGACGUUUCCUAAGUCUUUGAUAUUUUGUAAUGAAAAUCCCCACCUUAGCCUCGCUUAAUCUCAAUGUAAGCCUGCUGUUUACCCUCAGGGAACAAGUGGUUUUCACAAUUGAGCUCCUCCAAGGUCCUGGGCCAGUGCCUGCGGACGCUGGUCAUCUUUGUGAUCUCAUGGCAUUAUUUUCCCAUAUGCAUUAUGACAUGAAGAAGUUCAACCCCACCCUGUAUGAAAAGCACAGCCCAGUGCCCCAAUUUAGGCUAGUGUCAAGCCUUUGAGGGGCCUGGGGGUCCUAGGAGGCCCAUGCAAUUUAACUGAAGCUCAGGUGUGCAUUGGAUUUUGCUUCUAUUAGGCCACAACCCUUCAGAAUGAGUUUAGGGCAGGGGCUACAGACCCGGCUUCGGUUCAGGGAGCUGAGUCUCCACCGUUCUCAAGUUUUUCCUGGUCCCUCCUGGUGUUGUUGCCGAGGUCAAUCUUGUAGGUGUUUGGAUGUGCUCCUUUCUGCUGUCUUGUGAGUCUUAGCCAGUGCUCCGGCUGCCCAAGAGCGGGGCCUCUGGAGGGUGCAGCCCUCCCUGACCCCGGCACCUUCCAAACUAGUCAAGUGAGAAGAGUCUGCCUGUAGCCACCGGGCAGAGCAGCAUGUGCUCUUGGGGCUGGAUUUCACUGUUAGUGAGUGUAGGAAAAUACUGUGUCUUUAAUGGAUGAAAAUUCAAUGUAUGCUGUGAAUCUGUUGGUUUGAAACAUUGAAAAUUUUUCAUUAGACAAUGUUUACAUACCUCACCUGAAGAACCUUUGAGAGUGUAUAUAUGAAAUUUAAAAAUAUAUUAAGUUGCUUUAAAACAGUAUGUAUAGCUAUAAAAGUUGGAGUUAUUUUAACUUUGAGUAUGUACUAAGUCUUUUAAAUAUUGAAAUCUUGUAGACUUUUUGUGCUUCUGUGUUUUUGCUUUUCCUGUUGGACCACAUAGAUAACUGUGUUCUUGUUAUUAAUAAAGGGGCCCACACUGAAAUCCAAGCUUGGAAGGAUUUCCUGUGGUGGCUAAGAUUUUAUGGUUUGGUUUUGAGGUGAUGGGGUGUGGAGCUAGAGGACGAUGUGUGGGAGGGAUUACUCUAAUGUUGACAUCUAUUCUGUGAGCUUUUUCAAGGCGCUUAUUUUAUUGCAGCAUAUUAAACUUCUUUGAUAUUAAA